AACGAAAAGAAAAAGAAUCAAAACAAAAACAUAUGAUCGGCUUAACUCUACAGCUGAUGUAAUCAUUGGCUAAAAGUGAAAUUUUCAGAAUUUUUUUGUUAAAAAUGUAUAAACUUUUGAAAUUUUCUAAUAAAAUAAAUCGAAAAAACUAUAUAAAACAUGCAAAUCUAUUAAAUUACCCACAACUACAACGUUGGAGCUCAAAUUUAGCCUCCUUAGCACCGGGUUAUCAACCAAAAUUAGUGGAACAAGACAAAUGGCAGAAGAGUUAUACACAGUCUAGCGAGCCUAAAGGUAAAUGUAAACCAGGUACCUUUCGUAUGUUGCUGCCUCCACCCAAUGUAACGGGAAAUUUGCACUUGGGUCAUGCUCUAAUGGCCACAGUGCAAGAUGUUAUUUGCCGGCAACAAAGACAAUUGGGUUAUGAGGUUGUUUGGAUACCGGGAACAGAUCAUGCUGGUAUCGCCACCCAAGUGGUGGUGGAAAAGAAAUUAUUAAAAGAGAAGGGUGUCACUAGACAUCAAAUAGGACGUGAAGAGUUUUUGAAAGAAGUAUGGAAAUGGAAGGAAGAAAAAGGUGAAGGAAUAACACAAGAUUUACGUAAGUUGGGCUGUACUCUAACAUGGGAUAGAGAGUAUUUUACCAUGGAUAAGCGUCAAGCUUAUGCUGUGAAUGAAGCAUUUAUACGCUUGUUUGAGGAAGGUCUUAUGACACGCAGAGAGUCUCUAGUCAAUUGGUCGUGUGCCUUAGAAUCAGCCAUAUCUGAUAUUGAGGUGGAAACUUUGGACUUGAAAGGUGCCACGGAAGUUGCGGUGCCUGGUUAUGAUAGAAAUAUAACUUUUGGCCGCAUUUACGAUAUAAAGUAUAAAAUUUUGGGUAGUGAUAAUGAAUUUAUAACAGUAUCCACCACUAGACCAGAAACAUUACUCGGUGACGUGGCAGUUGCUGUUAAUCCUACAGAUGAGCGUUAUAAAAAGUAUCGUGAUAUGCAGGAGGUUUUGUUAUGGCAUCCCUUCCGUGAAGAAACUAUACCUUUAGUAUUCGAUGUAACAGUUGAACCUGAGUUUGGUACAGGUGCUGUUAAAAUUACUCCGGCUCAUGAUCGUAAUGAUUUCGAUUUAGCCAAUAGGCAUUUACUUAAAUCCAAACAGGUAUUUACACCUACCGGUGCCAUAAAAGAGGACUACAAAUCGUUUGCUUUAUUACCACGUUUUGAGGCUCGUGAAAAAAUUUUGCAAAAAUUAGGAGAAUUACAGCUAUUAACAGACGUGAGGGAUCAUAACAUGCAACUACCCAUUUGCUCUCGCUCUAAAGAUGUCAUCGAGUAUAUGUUGAAAAAACAAUGGUUUCUGCACUGUCAACCCAUGGCCGAUGAGGCUUUGGCUGAAGUUUUAAGUGGACGUUUACAAAUUGUACCACCUAAUUUUGAAAUUGAUUGGCAAAAGUGGUUGGAAAAUUGUCAUGAUUGGUGUGUGUCGCGUCAGUUGUGGUGGGGUCAUCAGAUACCAGCCUAUAAGGCUGUAGAUACUACAACCAAUGAAUCCACUUGGGUGGCUGCUCAUUCAGCCGACGAAGCUUUAAGCAAAGCUGCAGAUAUUUUAAAAUCAAAUUCUAUAACAGUGACACAGGAUUCUGAUGUUUUGGACACUUGGUUUUCUUCAGCUUUACUACCAUUUUCCGCCUCCAAUUGGCCUUCUGAGGAAUACAAGAAAGAUUAUCCUUUAGAUGUUAUGGAGACAGGACAUGAUAUCCUAUUCUUUUGGGUAGCCAGAAUGGUAAUGUUGGGUGUAAAGCUGACUGGUACAGCUCCUUUUAAGAAAAUUCUAUUAAAUGGCAUAGUAUGUGAUGCUCAUGGACGCAAAAUGUCUAAGAGUUUAGGUAAUAUAGUGACUCCUCAACAGGUUGUACAGGGAGCUUCAUUAGAGUCACUACAAGAGGAUGUCAAAACCAACCACAAAGCGGGCAUUUUAAGUGCUGCAGAGUUGCAAAAAUCCCUUAAAGGUUUGCAACGUAUGUUUCCUCAGGGUAUUCAAGAAUGUGGUACCGAUGCCUUACGUUUUACCCUUUGCAGUCACAAUAUCAAAAGUCAUUUCAUCAAUUUCGAUGUCAAUGAAUGCUAUACCAAUAAAUUGUUCCUAAAUAAAAUAUGGCAAGCUACAAGAUUUACUUUAGGAGCUGCAGAACGUUUAAAUAUGCCUUUAAAUGAAGUGGAAUCUAUGAAUAAUGUACCCUUAACGAAGUGGGAUUUAUGGAUUUUAAGUCGUUUAGCAGAAACUUUAAAAAUUUGCCAAGAAAGUUUUGAAAACUAUAAUUUACAUGCCGCCACCCAGGCUUUAAAGCAAUUUUUGUACAACAACUUAUGUGAUGUAUAUGUGGAAACCUGUAAAGCUAACAUAAAUUCCCAAAAAUCUGAAGGUUACAUACACUGUGCCACUUUAGCAACUGCUUUAAGUUGGUCUCUACAGGCUAUGAGUCCUUUUACUCCCUUCCUAAGUGAAGAAUUACUAAAAUAUUUACCUAAAAAUAUCGAAAUUGAACUAAAUAGAUUUCACAAUCCUCAAUUAGAGCAAGAAAUUAAUGAUAUUUUGGAUAUUUCACAAAAUAUAAGACAACUUAAGAGUCGUCAUAAUAUAUCAAAGAAAUAUGAUCCACAAUUAAAGCUGUAUGCCCAUAAUGAAGAAGCAUUACAGCUCUUACAAAGUCAUAUACAGGAAAUACAAGCUUUAACUUUAGUUAGAGGAGUACACUUGGAAAUGUUGACUGAUAGUUCGAAAACAAAUAAGGAUUUGAAAUUAUUUUCCACUGCUGGGCAUUUGUGUAGUUUUGGUAUUUCCACCAAUGAUUUGUACAAACCUAAGGAGGAAAAAUCAAAGUUAGCGAAUAAUCUUAAUGAACAAAAAUUACAAAAACUAGAAGCUGAAUUGAAACGCUAUCAAAUGCGUAUGGAAAACGAGGGUUUCCGUAGGUCGGCCAGUGCAGAGGUGCAGGAGAAACAUGCCCAAAAGAUCCAACAAUUGGUGGUAGAAAUCGAAAAAAUUAAAUCCAUUGCUAGUUGAUUAUAUGUUUUUUUAAUAUAAAUUAUUAUAACUAUUGUUUUUUUUAUUUUUAUUACAAAAAUAUACUUUAAUAUUAUGUGUUAUUGUAAUUAUA